AUGGCCGGUAGGAAGAGGCGCGAUAGCGGGCCCGUGGCCGCUCCAGCCGAGCCCAAUAGGAGGGCCAGCGAUGCUACAUCACAGCCCAGAGACGAGGAGGCCACACAAUGCACCGAGACAGACUCUGAGCGCCGCCGGAACAUCGAGGCAUGCCUCAAUUAUAUCAAUGAGAAUGGCUAUCCUCCUGCGCAUGCCCACUCGGUGACAGUAACGCUGUGCCCUUUUUCUUCCAUGCUGUCGUGA